AUGGCCGUCCUAAUAGCACCAGCUGAUGAUAUGGAGAUGGAGAAGAUUGCGGAAGAUGAACUGUCCAAGUUACAAAGACAGUUCAGGGUGAUGGAGAUAGACCGUGCCAACGUGUUGAGCAGUGUGCAACCCACCCUCAGGAUGCAGAAGACCAUCAUAAACACGCUCAAUGCUGACCUAGAGAAGAUCAUGAUGGAACUCAAGUUCACCAAAAGCACCUCAAACCUUAUGGAAGGCGCCAGGAACAGAGAGAAGCUGAUAGCUCUACUGAAAGACCACGAGAAGUAUGCAGCAGAGGUGAAGGAACAUCGAGAGACUAUCAAGGAGCUGGACUUCCUGUUGAAACAAGUUCAGAAGGAGAUCAAGUCGCUAAGGCAGAAAGUCACCGGGUUUGAAAUUGCAUACGCCAAUGUUCUGACCGGUCAGACCCUGAUCAGUCAGCUGGAGAACCGACUGGACACAGCCAUGAAGAAAUUCAACACCGUCAACAGCGAGAACUACUCCAUGAGACUACAUAUCGACAGAUUGCUUAGAGACCGGCAAUUCUUCAACACCCACUGGAAGAACCAGCUCAAACGCCUGAUGGAUGGAAAGGCGAUGAUCAUCGAGCUACUGGAACAGGCCAUCUCGACUUAUGACCAGCGCGAAGAGUGGUGUAACAAGUUGGAUGCGCUUAAGGAGAAAGCUGCUAUUGAUUAUAGGAAACAUUGCUUGGAAGUCCGUGAACUCCAGCGCCAACUAGACCACAGCAUGAAGCUGGAAGAGUUCCUGCGAACCAAGGGAACCGUCAGACUGACGGCUGCUGACGCUAAGGCUGAGGCCAAGAAGUUGGAACAACAGGAAGAGGAGAUGAGGAUCUAUAACAAUUACGUUAAUAUACUUGAAGCUCUUAAGGAGUUUGCCGGUGAAGAAGACGUGGACAAGCUAAUCCAGGAGUUCACGCGUCGCGAGGAGGAGAACUACGCACUCUUCAACUACAUCAACGAAGUGUGCACCGAGCUCAAGAACUUGAGUGAUAAUGUCAAAUUGCUUAGAGUUAACAUUGAGGAGGAAACCGCCAAACACCAAGCGAAGCUAUUCCAGCAGCAGGACAGCAUAGAAUCCCUUCGCAGCACAUUAGAAGAGAAGCGGCAGGCCAACGCCAGUGCCCGCGCGACGUGCGAGCGAAGCACGAGAGUGUUGGAGACUUUGUUGCAGCAGAUAUAUGCGUUGGCACUGUCAUCAGACUGCGACUCUCUGCCUCUUCUGAAGCUGUUGGGUAAACCGUUUGACAUCAACGUGACCAACGCGCGUUUGUAUAUCAAGAGCUUGGAGAAGAAGGUCAUUGAGAUCAUCGACCUCGUGAGAAUUGAUGAGCUGCUACAACGUCAAGCAGAAAGCAAGGAGCGUACACCACCGUCCACUCGUCGCCGCCGCGCCCGCGCCGCCGCGCAACGCACACGCGACACCGUGGCUGCACAGGCUUAGGACCAUCGAUUUAAGAUCCCACUAGCGUUUGAUAUA